CCAAUUCCGGGAACUUCCUCAAGUUCCUGCGUGGCCUUUUACUCAUCUCACGCCCUCCCCUUCCCACCUAUGUCGACCAUUCUGAGUUCAUCCAAUCCGGGAAUACUGAUCUCUUUCAAUCAUCUUAUCAGAUCAUCUAAUCUGAUCCUCUCGACCCCACCGUUCAGCAAAAGGAUGCGACCUUCUCACGCAUUGCACCCCCCCCCCAGUAAGACGUACUGGCGGGAGGACGAUCACAUCGAAAGGACCAAACUUACAGACCCCCCCUUGCUGAAGAAAAGAAAAAAAAGUGAAAGCGAGAGAGGCGUUUUUGCUCUGGUUAUUUUGCCCCGAAUCUGACAUUACGUAGAGCCCAGGAUUGGUAGGUCGUAGAUGAAAUUUGACCCUAAUACCCCGCCAUCUUCUUUCGCCAUGUAGCUUUUUUCUCUCUUCUUGUCCUGA